AUGGAACGUUCCAAGGCAGGAUUCGCGUGCAGAUUCCGAGAGCUGCAGCGUGAAUCUGUUCUUCGCUUGAUCGUCCAAUCGUCCACUAUCAAGUUGCUUCUGAAAUCGAACAGUCUGACGAUGGGAAAGGAACGGAAACCUAACUUUACCACUGGCUUGUGGGUGAAAGAGAGAGCCAAACCACACAUUGUUCGGCAUGAUCGAGUAGAUGGCAAAAAGUACACUUGGCUGGUCCAAUUUGAAAACGCAGACGGAUCGACUGAAGAGGUUGUCAAGACGUUUUUGCAGCUUUCUCAUGUGGAUCAGCAAGGUACCACCCAAGCACCAACCGAAGAAUCACCAUCGAAGGAAGCACCACCACCGGCAGAAGCACCACCGGUGGAAGCCACAAAUCCCACCAACAACCAAACUCCAGUUCGGCCAAAGCGACGGGCUGCGGUCAACCACAGAAUCUGCCCACCACCGGCGCCGCAAUCACCGCAAGCCACGUUGGCCUCGGAGCAAUCUUCGGCACCAGACUACGAUUGGUCAAAGCAUUUGGAAGACGACAAGUCAACAAGCGAUUCGAUUCCAGGAUUUCCUAUCCACAGCAGCAGUGAUGAUGAUUCGAGUGACGAUGAGUCAGCGGCAGCUAAAUCAACUGAAACACCUCCACCAACAACUCCAACAGUCAGCGAACCUACCAGCAGAGCAGACAAUGAUCUUGAGGAAGAUGUAUUGCCAACAGAUGAGCGUGACUUCGAAUACAAAGAGGAACACCGCGAAAAGAUGAUUAUCUACAAACAGGAGAAGCAGGAGCUCCUUGAUAAUGAGUGGACGGUUGAAUUCAUGCCAGGCAAGCCUCCAAUGCGACUCAAUACAAGAGUCCAAACCAGAACCAAGCAUCCUUGCUAUGGCAAGACCCUUCGAAAAGCACCUGACGGAAGCAAAUGGGUAGUGGAAUUCAACGAUUCCACUGAUCUGAAGGAGCUCUCGUCGCAGUCCCUCGUCCAAAUUUGGGAGCCAACCAUACAAAAACUAUACUCCAGAUGUUAUUGUCGAGGAAUAUCAAGAGGUUGA